ACUGUUAUUGCACGAGCCGAACAGCGCUACAGUUAGCAGUACGACUGAAACACUUCAGAUGAUUGUCAGUCUGUUCUCAGGUGAACUGAGCCUAAAUAUUAUUCAGACCCGCUGUAAACAAGGAGCUUCAGUGCCACAGGAGUGACCAAACAGAGUCCGCGAACAUCAGAUUCUCUGCUAUGUCUGUCAAACUGGAGGAUGUCCUGAAAGAUGAAAACCUGAUCAAAAAUAUAGAAGAGAUCGCAAAAGACACAGCACUUUUACAUGGGGUGUUGAUGCGGACCAAAGAAACACCAAACUCUCCUGAAGUGGUGAGUUAUGCACCGAUCACGUUGUUUCCCACACCGGUGCCCACAGCGCUCUUUCAUCAGGCACUGGCAGUACAGACACAUUUUAACCGGUUGGUGGACCGGGUGAGCCAGGAUCCCACCUUUCUAGAAGAAACUCUGGCCAGCACUAUCAAAGUUGACGAUUUUACAGCCAGACUUUUCAGCAUAUACAAACAAGUUCAACAGGAACAUCUACCUCAGUCAAUAGUGCUGGGCCUGAAUCGCUCCGAUUACAUGUUGGACCACAGACCAGACGGCGGGACGUCUCUAAAGCAGAUUGAAAUCAACACUAUUGCUGCAAGUUUUGGCGGUCUUGCCUCUCGGACACCAGAUGUCCAUCGACACAUUCUGAAGGUCGCAAACCUGCCAGAGGAGUGUGAUCGUAUUCUCGACAACAACCCAGCAGCAGGUCUGGCGAGAGGUUUGGCCGAGGCCUGGCGACUCUAUGGAUCUGAGAGGGCUGUGGUCAUGUUUCUGGUCGAGAAUGUUCAGAGGAAUAUUUAUGACCAUCGAUAUGUAGAGAAUGAGCUGUGGAAAAGAAAUAUUCCUGUAAUAAGAAGACAGUUUGAAGAUGUUUGCAGAACCGGAUCUCUGGAUCAGAGCAAGAGGCUCUUUGUAGAUGGCCGUGAGAUAGCCAUUGUUUACUUCCGUAACGGAUACAUGCCCCAAAACUACUCCUCAGAGCGGAGCUGGGAGGCCCGUCUGAUGAUGGAGCGCUCCCUGGCGGUGAAGUGUCCCGACAUCAGUACCCAUCUCGCUGGAACUAAGAAGGUGCAGCAGGAAUUGGCCCGGCCGGGGGUUCUGGAGCGCUUCUUCCCUGACGAACCCGAAGCAGUUGCUCAGAUCCGGGCCACUUUCGCUGGGCUGUACACCCUGGACAUGGGAGAAGACGGUGAUAAAACGGUAGCAAUGGCUUUGGCCAAUCCUGAUCAGUAUGUGCUGAAACCUCAGAGGGAGGGAGGAGGCAACAACAUUUAUGGCAGUGAGAUCUGUGAGGUGCUGAAGAACAUGAAGAACUCCAGUGAGAGGACAGCCUACAUCCUGAUGGACAAGAUCCAGCCCAUCCCGGUCCAGAACUACCUGCUCCGGUCCGGAGCUCCUCUGAGACUGAACUCCUGUCUGAGCGAACUGGGCACGUUCGGAGCGUAUGUCAGGAAAGGCAAAGACGUGGUGUUUAAUGAAUGUGUGGGCCACCUGCUGAGGACCAAGAGCUCUGAGCACGCCGAUGGGGGCGUCGCUGCGGGAGUAGCAGUGCUGGAUAACCCACUGCUGGUCUGAACUACAGCACCACACACUGGACCGGAGGAGAAUCGCGUACCACUGACUUCCCAUGAUUCCUUGUCUGUCGGGCAUCUGUUUUUAUCUGAGAUUAGUGUGGAAUAUUCCCUUAAGAUGACUUAAGGGAAUUAAGUUAUGACUGAACCGCUGAUUUUGUGUACAUGUUUAAUACCUCAUUCAAGGAUUCAUUUGUUGGGAGUGUGUGAGUUGUCAGUUGUUUUAUAAAAUAGGUUUUUUAAUGACGUUUUUUUUUUUUCAGUUACGUAAAUUGGUAACUGAUUUUAUUAAACCACACUGGUAACUUUCCAUUGUAACCAACAUUUAUGGUCAAACAAUCAUAGUAGUUGAUGAUAAUGAUUAUGAUUAUGAUAGUCUCAGUUAAAACUGAAUUGCAGCACAACUGUUUUCAACAUUGACGAUAAGACGACAUGUUUCUUGAGCAGAAAAUCUGGAUGUUAGAAGGAUAAUGUGACGCAAAUCCAUGUAUCAUUAAUUUAGUCGUUUUUUUGUAUUUCAUAUUGAAAGUAGAAAAAUGAGAAAAUGGUUCUUUUUUUCGUUUUUAUAUAAUAAAAUAUAAAAUAAAAAAAAACAACUUGAUUUUUUUGUUCUGAGGUAGGAAAAUGAAUAAACAACUUGCAUAUUCGAUUUCUACACGAGGGCGGGAAUGAAACGCCACUACUUUGGAACGAAAAAAUCAAGCUGAAUUCUUGUUUUUCUUUUAAUUAAAAAAAAAACGAAAAAGGAACCGUUUUCUCAUUUUUCUACUUUCAAUAUGAAAUCAAAAAAUGACUGAAUGAAGAAAGACUGAAGUAAUGAUGAUGAAAAUUCAGCUUUGAUCACAGGAAUAAAUUGCAUUUUUAAAAUAUAUUAACAGAAAACUUAUUAUAAAUCAUAAUAUUUUCACAAAAUUGUUUUUACUGUACACCGUUUCAUCAAAUGAAUGCAGUUUCAGUAAGCGUAAGAGCGUAAGACAUUUUAACGAAAUGCUACAAAAAUCAUUGGUGAAGACGUUCUAGAAUCAUUUAAUAGAGAUUAUUUUUAGCCUUCGCAAAUAAAGAAAAAAUCAAAUUCCACUCAAACAUCUUUCUGAAAUCCAUGUUUAUUACAAUCUCCACAUUACAGCCACAAGAAAUCACACUCUCAUCACCAACCAACCAAACGAAGUCAACGUCAGAAAAUCCUCUCGUUCAUUCACUCGACUGUCACUGUCAACUUCUGAAAAACAAUAAUGGUUCCAAUAAAGCAAGAUAGUACAAAGAUGAUACAAGACAUGCAUCAAAUCUCAUCCA